UGACAGUUAGCAUAGCAACGCAAUGCUGCACCCUGAAACAUUUCAUUUAAAAAUGUCGCUUAAGUGGUAAGAUAAUAAAAAUAAAACUACGGAGGAGGUUUUAGAGUUUCAGUUCUCUGAAAAUGUUUUCGUCUGUCUGGAAUUUUAUCAAACGCCAUAAAAAGAAGUUUAUUUUCACCGGAGCUGUGGUUGGAGGAGCGUACCUUUUGGGUAAAUAUGCUCAGAAGAAGAUGGUGGAGGUUCAGGAGAAGGAGGCGACGGAGUACAUUGCUCAGGCGAGACGACAGUUCCACUUUGAGAGCAACCAAAGGACCUGCAACAUGACUGUUCUGUCGAUGCUGCCGUCGCUGAAAGAGGCCAUCGUGACUCAGCUGAACUCUGAGAGCCUCACCGCGCUGCUGAAAACUAAACCAGCUAAUAAACUUGAGAUUUGGGAGGAUUUAAAAAUCAUCAGCUUCACCCGCACCAUCGUGGCCYUCUACAGCACCUGCAUGCUGGUCGUUCUCCUUCGAGUGCAGCUCAACAUCAUCGGAGGAUACCUUUACCUGGAUAACUCUGUGGGAAACAGCGUCYUGACUCCUCUGGCUCCUCCGGACGUCCAGCAGCAGUAUCUGUCCAGCAUCCAGCAUCUGCUGGGAGACGGUUUAACAGAGUUGAUAACCGUUGUGAAGACGGCCGUGCAGAACUCACUGGGAGGCGUCUCUCUGAAGCAGAGCUUGUCUCUGCUGGAACUGGAGCAGCAGCUGAGCUGGAUCCGAGCCGAGGUGGAGGCGGACCCGGACCGGUCCCUGUCCUGGUACCUGCUGGCGGACGAUGAGACCGCCCUGUCGGAUCAGGCGUGUGGAUUAACAGAGAACCAUGUGAUGACCAUCAGAUUACUGAACGAGACCAGAGACAUGCUGGACAGUCCGGACUUCUCCACCGUGCUGAACGUCUGUCUGAGCCGAGGCUUCGCUCGUCUCCUCGACAACCUGGCUGAGUUCUUCCGCUCGCCUCCUGGAGACUCCGCCCCCAGCUCCGCACCUGACAGUUUGUCUGUUGUGAGUUUGCCGCUGGCGAAGAUCAUCCCCAUCAUGAACGGUCAGAUCAACACCAUCUGCAGUGAGACCCCCAGUCACUUUGUUCAGGACCUGCUGUUGAACGAUCAGGUGAAGGAGUUUGCGGCCAACGUUUACGAGGCUUUCAGCACGCCCCAGGAGCUGCAGAAGUGACCACUAGGAUGAAGAGGAGGAGGAGGAGGAGGAGG